AUGCAAAAAUUAAAAGAAUAAUGUUAAGAAGCCUUAAAAUUUUCUUCAGAUUGUAUAAUUAUUUUAUGAUUAUUAGUAUAAUAAUAACUAGUUCAAGUGAAAAAGGAUCUUCAAGAGAAGACAUAACAAAUAACUAAAUUGUAAUCAGUGAUAUAAAUGAUUGAUUGUGAGGCAUCAGAUAUAUAAGAUUUAUUUUGGAAAGUUUAAAAAUAAACAUUGAUUAUCAAGUAAACUGUUAGGGAUGUUGAAUUAAAAUCAGAUAAUUAAGAACUAAUUGAAAAGUAAUUUGAAGACCUAUAAGAAAAAAUUAUAAAUCUUGAAGAACUAGUUUUCACUUUUCUUUUCAAUAAUAAAAUGAACAUUAAGAAGAACAAUAAAAGAUCUAGUGAUUAAAAUAAAGAAAAUAAUGAAGAAAAUAUAAAUCAAAAAGAAGUUCAAAAUAAGAAGAAGAAAUAUAUUAGUACAAUUAAAAAAAAUAAAAAUGAAUUUGUUAAUAAUUUUAUUAAUGAAGAAUCAGAUGAAGAGGAUAAAGAUGAUUAAAAAAAAUAUAGAAAGAGAUUAAGACGUAAUACUGCUAUAGAUUAAUCAAAUAAUCUGAUAAAUGAUAUGUUUAAUUUUAAUUGA